UCUGAGUCCCAUUCUCUUGCAAGAGUUGAGCAUCUAGCUUAUUCCCCGAUCAGAGAGAGAGAGAGAGAUGGCUGAAGCAAAAAUAGUUGCAGGAAUUGUUGUCAGUGGUGUGGGUGAGAUCCUGAAGAAGCUGAUCUUCAUGGCAACCGAGGAGAUUGACCUUGUGUGGAAUGUCAAGGAAGAGCUGGAUAAGUUAAUACGCACUGUGAAUGCCAUCAAUGCAUUACUACUGGAUGCUGAAAAACAACAAGAAGAAAAGGAGACAGUGAGACUAUUCCUGAGAAGGCUUAAAGAUGUAGCUUAUGCUGCUGAAGAUGUUUUAGAUGAAUUCGGUUACGAAACCACAAGACUGAAGGUGACAAACAGCAAGGUGAGCAACUUCUUCUUGCACUCAAUUUCAGUUCCUUUUAAGUCAAAGAUGGCUAAAAAGAUGAAGAAGAUAAACAAGGAUUUUGAUGAAAUUAAAAGUUACAUGGAUUCAUUCAAUUUUGCAAGCUCAUCUAUACCCACAAAUCUUCAAAAUAGAAAGACCACCACUGUAGAGACAUUCUCUUUUGUAGAUGAGUCUGAGGUGGUAGGAAGGGAUGUUGACAAGUCAGAGAUAGUAAACAUGUUAACUAGCUCUGACAAUCAAGAUAUUAUUCUUUCAAUCCUUCCCAUAGUUGGAAUGGGAGGACUUGGAAAGACCACACUUGCUAAACUUGUCUACAAUGAUGGUCUUGUAGUCAAGUAUUUUGAUAAAAGAAUUUGGGUCCAUGUCUCUAAAGAUUUUGAUUCCAAGAAAAUAUUGACAAACAUCAUAGAAUCUGUUACCAAUGGACCAUGUCAGUUUUCAUUUACUGAUGUGAUACAGCGGAAUCUUAAAGAUGAGUUGAGUGGGAAGCGGUUUUUACUUGUACUGGAUGAUUUAUGGAAUGAAGAUAGUGAGCAAUGGGAUAUGCUUAAAACUUCAUUAAAAAUUGGUGCGAGAGGUAGCAAAAUUAUUGCUACUACUCGCAUUGUUGAAGUUGCAUCAAUGAUAGGCACACUUGCUACAUACCACCUUAAAAACUUGUCAGAAGAUAAUUGUUGGUCCAUUCUCAAGAAUAAAGCUUUUGGAAAUGGAGGGGCUGAAGAGACUCCAACUAUGGUGGCAAUAGGAAAGGAAAUUGUGAAAAAGUGUGGAGGUGUACCAUUAGCCGCAAAAACACUAGGAGGCUUGAUGCAUAUCAAGAAAGAUGAACAAGAGUGGUUAUUAAUACAGAAUAGUGAGAUUUGGGCUUUACCUAUGGAUAAAGAUGGAAUCCUUCCUGCACUAAAAUUGAGCUAUGAUCACUUGCCAUUACCUUUGAAACAAUGUUUCUUAUAUUGUUCGAUAUUUCCAAAGGGUACUUAUAUCUUAAAAAAUGAACUAAUCCGACAAUGGAUGGCAUUGGGGUUCCUUCAACAAUCCAUAGGAGCAGGUAGGCCAAUUGAAGAUAUUGGAAAUGAUUAUGUCAACUAUUUGUUGUGCAAUUCAUUCUUCCUAGACGUUGUGGAAGCUACUACUGGUGAGAUAAAGAAGUUCAAGAUGCAUGAUCUUGUUUCUGACUUGGCACAUUCUUUUACAAGGUUUGACAAUGUAAUCGUUGGGGUUGAAGAAUUAAAAAACAACUCUGACGUUCUUCAUUUGAGAUUCUUGUAUAUGGAUGGUGAUAUAAAAAAGAUUCAAGAAGCUGGCUUGUGUAACGUGAGAAAGUUGCGGUCAUUGCAUUUGGAAUGCAUGGGAACUACUGGAACUUCCAUUUGCCGCAAUGUUCUUGAUAUUCUGUUCAAAAAAUUCAAGCAGUUACGUGUUCUAUAUUUAGGUGAUUGUGGAAUUAAAGGGCUACCAUCUUCCAUUAAGAAGCUGAAACACUUAAGGUACCUUAACCUCAGUUACAAUCCAAUUGAAGCAUUACCUGCAUCUGUCACCAACCUUUACAAUUUGCAGACAUUGGACCUUUAUUAUUGUCCUCUAAAAGAACUUCCUCAAGAUAUGAGAAAACUGGUAAACUUGAGGGAACUUGAAUUUUAUAGAGAAGAUGGAUGUUUGAGUCAAAUGCCAAUUGAGAUGGGAAGAUUAAUCUGCCUUAAUGAAUUAUCGACAUUUGUUGUGGGCCACAAAAGGGGGCAGCGUAUCAAAGAGUUGCAACGCUUGGAACUUCGAGGAAUUUUAAAUAUCUACAAUCUUGAGAAUGUGAGAAGCAGAGGGGAAGCAGAGGAGGCAAAUUUAAUGGGAAAAGUAAAGCUUGAUACAUUGCAUAUAACUUGGGGAAGUCAUAUUAAUUGGGGCAGUGAUAGCAGUAGUUCUUCUAUGUUAAUGGGAAAUGUUGAAGAAGAUGAUGAUGUACUGGAAGGUCUUCGACCUCAUUCGAAUCUGAAGGAACUGUCAAUCAACAACUUUAGAGGUGAAAAUUUACCUGGAUGGAUGAUGAUGAGUACUACUGGGUGUGAGUCAUCUCUCCGUAAUUUGGUUCAUCUCUUUCUAAGAAACUGCGAGAGAUUGAAGCGUGUCCCUCCUCUUGGAGGGCUACCAUCUCUUAAGGCUCUUCAUCUAAAGGGAGUGAAAAGUAUAAAGAGUCUUGGCAGUGAGUUCUAUGAUGGUGGGGAUGAUGGCCGUAGCAACAAUAAUAAUAGUCAAUAUUCAGCAUUAUUCCCUUCAUUGGAAGAGCUUUCCCUCGGACAGUUGCCCAACUUAGAAGAAUGGAGGGAACCAACAGCAGCACAAGUUGGUUCCUUCCCUCGCCUUGAGCAGUUAUUUGUAACAGAUUGCCCCAAGUUGGUGACCAUACCCAGUCGGUUUCCUUCUCUUAAACUACUCCAAAUCAAAAGAAGUAAUGGCAUCUUGCUAAGGUUAGUCAUGGAGGUUCCCUCUCUCACCAAACUAAAUAUAAUUGAAGUGCCAGAGCUUAAGUUUUUGCCCAACGGAUUACUGCACAACAAUAUCCAAAAAUUAAAUAUUGAUAAAUGCCCCAACCUUGAAGCAAUUAUUGUCCAAGUCCUCCCAUUCCCAUCAUCAUCAUCAUCUCUUGAAAUACUGCAAGUAAGGGAUUGCCCUUCUCUGACUUCAUUGCCAGAGGGUCUACACACCCUCCGCACCAUUGAAUGGUUGAGUAUUGGUGGGUUUUCAUCAGAGCUGGAGUCUUUUCCCGACUUGGAACCUCUCCAACACUUGCCCUUUCUUCGAUACUUAGAAAUUUAUGGCUGGUCUAAGCUUACGUCUCUUCCUGAGCAAAUUCAGAGUCUCACCCAAAUAGAAAAGUUGGAAAUAAAUGUGUUUCAUAGUCUGACAGCUCUGCCGGAGUGGCUCGGGAACCUUUCUUCUGCGCUUCGAUCGUUGGUUCUUAAUGAGUGCAAUAAUCUGAUGUAUCUUCCAAAAGAGGAGGAAGGACUGCGAUGCUUCACCACACUUGAAAGGUUGAUUAUAAAAAGUUGCCCACUUCUCAAAGAAAGAUGCACCAGGGGAAGAGGUGAGGAGUGGCCUAAGAUUAAACACAUUCAAUACAUCGAAAUCGAUGGCAGACAUGUGUAG